AUGGAGACAAAUCACUGUGAUACAUGUGGGAAGAGCCAUUCCUCAUCCAGUAGCCUCAAGAAGCACAUGAAGAUCCACACUGGAGAGAAGCCCUACAGCUGUGACCUCUGUGGUAAAACCUUUAAACAGACUGGGGAAUUGACAGCUCACUGCAGAAUCCACACUGGAGAGAAGCCCUACAGCUGUGACCUCUGUGGUAAAACCUUUAGACAGGCUAAAAGUUUCACAGUUCACUGCAGGAUCCACACUGGAGAGAAGCCCUACAGCUGUGACCUCUGUGGUAAAACGUUUAGCCAGGCUGGCAAUUUCAGAUCUCCCUGCAGGAUCCACACUGGAGAGAAGCCAUACAGUUGUGACCUCUGUGGUAAAACCUUUAGCCAGGCUUCCACUUUGAGAAAUCACAGCAUAAUCCACACUGGAGAGAAGCCCUACAGCUGUGACCUAUGUGGUCAAACCUUUAGCAGGUAUAGCAGUUUCACAGUUCACUGCAGAAUCCACACUGGAGAGAAGCCCUACAGCUGUGACCUCUGUGGUAAAACCUUUAGCCAUGCUGGCACAUUCAGAGCUCACUGCAGGAUCCACACUAGAGAGAAGCCCUACAGCUGUGACCUCUGUGGUAAAAGCUUUAGCCACGCUAGCAAUCUCAGACAUCACCGCAGGAUCCACACUGGAGAGAAGCCCUACAGCUGUGACCUAUGUGGUCAAACCUUUAAACAGACUGGGGAAUUGACAGUUCACUGCAGAAUCCACACUGGAGAGAAGCCCUACAGCUGUGACCUAUGUGGUCAAACCUUUAGCAGGUAUAGCAGUUUCACAGUUCACUGCAGAAUCCACACUGGAGAGAAGCCCUACAGCUGUGACCUAUGUGGUCAAACCUUUAGCAGGUAUAGCAGUUUCACAGUUCACUGCAGAAUCCACACUGGAGAGAAGCCCUACAGCUGUGGCCUCUGUGGUAAAACCUUUAAACAGACUGGGGAAUUGACAGUUCACCGCAGAAUCCACACUGGAGAGAAGCCCUACAGCUGUGACCUAUGUGGUCAAACCUAUAGCAGGUAUAGCAGUUUCACAGUUCACUGCAGAAUCCACACUGGAGAGAAGCCCUACAGCUGUGACCUAUGUGGUCAAACCUUUAGCAGGUAUAGCAGUUUCACAAUUCACUGCAGAAUCCACACUGGAGAGAAGCCCUACAGCUGUGACCUCUGUGGUAAAAGCUUUAGCCACGCUAGCAAUCUCAGACAUCACCGCAGGAUCCACACUGGAGAGAAGCCCUACAGCUGUGACCUCUGUGGUCAAACCUUUAGCCAGGCUGGCCAUUUCAGAGCUCAUAGCAGGAUCCACACUGGAGAGAAGCCCUACAGCUGUGACCUCUGUGAUAAAACCUUUUGCCACUCUGGCAAUCUCAGACGUCACCGCAUGUCCCACACUGGAGAGAAGCCCUACGCAGCCCACAAAUGAAGAGUUGCAUUAUCUAUGAUAGAAAAAC